AUGAUCGAUGAACCCGAGCUCUGCAAUAUGAAGUCCUGUGAACAAUGUGAACAUCCAAGUACAAAGAACAAAGAAGAAGAUAAGGUUGUGGCUGAUAACUAUAUCAAUCUGGGAGAAAUCCAAGCAGCUACUGCUCCAACAUCCGAGACACCAGCUUCUCAACCUGGAUCUUCUCCUGCAUCUGCUCCACCAUCCGCACCUCCAAAGUCGGCUGCAAGUGGUUCAGCUCCAGGAUCUGCUCCACAACCUUCUAAACCAACUCCACCAGCUCAAGCAUCUGUCUUUCCGGAUGCUCAAGCUGCUGCACCACCACCGCCACCACCAGAAAAUGCGUUGGCGGCUGUUUCAGCAGCUUCUCCACCAAAAGAUGCAGCUCCGGUGGCUAUCAAUCCAGUUCAUGCACCACAACUGAAACUAUUCGAAGAUGUUAACUUUGAUUCUGAUGGGAAAUCCAGUCAAGCUCUAGUUGGCAAGGGAUCGAAAGGAUCAGCUUCUGAUCCUAGAAAAAGAAGAAAUAGUGGAACAAAGGAAGAUGGUGAAGAGUACAAAAAACCAAAGGCGUACUACGUUGCUCGUAUUUGCUACGGAUCAUGUUUCUCCGCCUUCUUCAUUGUAAUCAUUAUCUGGGGACUCGUCACUGCAGUUGCUCUCAACGUCAUGAAAAUGGAUUUAAUCGAAAAUUGGAUUAUGAGCAGUGGAUAA